AUGGCGAGUGAAGCACCAAGUUGGGCAGAUCAAUGGGGAACCGGAGGAAUUGGGGUGAUGGCGGCGGAGGAGACAACGAACGGACAAAAAGACGUCGUUGGGAAGAAGUCCGGUAAGACCAAAGCAGGAAUUAACAGAGCUAAGAUUGUUGCUUUUAUUGGUGUCAAUUGGAUGAAGAAUCUUGUACAAAGGAAGAAGAAGGAUUCUACUUCUUGA